AUGGAAUUUUUAGAAUUUCUCGCCGAGUACAAAAAGCAUUUUCCUGAAGCCACAUCUGAACAAGUUAACGAAGCCUUUCUAAUCAGCACACUAUCUUUAAGCGAUUUAAACGAAACAGUAAAAAAAGUAUUGGAAGAAUCGGUAGGAGAAAUUGUGGAAAAUUCUGUGGAAAAAGUAUUGGAAGAAUCGGUAGGAGAAAUUGUGGAAAAUUCGGUGGAAAAAAUAUUGGAAGAAUCGGUAGGAGAAAUUGUGGAAAAUUCGGUGGAAAAAGCUUUUAAACAGCUAAAUCAAGAGGAAAUAUCAGUGUCAAAUCUUUCGAAUGUAAGAAUUCAGAAGAUUAUAAAUGACGUAGGAAUAAAGUUCUUAAAAUUAUCAAUUGAUGAUUUCAUACCAAUUGAUCCUAUACAUUGCGACUCGUUUGAAUGGGAUUUGAAUACAGAUGAAAACAAACAAAUGGACGAUGUCACAGAAUGGUUUACGAAGAUUCUAAAGUUACCAAAGGGAUUCAAAAUAGAAGAUAUUCAUGCAAAAACAAAAUAUCAACGACGUUUGCGAAUGGCUAACGUUACGUUAACCGGUGGAUCCGACAUUUCUAUGGGACCAAGUGGCACAGGAUGUGUCUGGGUUGAAGUGAAAAAAGCGGAGAAAGACUGCAAAGAAUCUCAGGCCAUUGGAGAAUUAUUAUUAGCUGAUGCUAUGCAUAUUCUUCAUACAAUGGUUGUGCUAACCGACUGUAAUGAUUACUGGAAUAUUUUUUAUUUUAUGGAAAAAGACAAUGAACAAUGCAUUGCUAACUGUAAUAUUGGAGAUCGUAGUAUUGCAUUUGCGGUUAUCCAACAAUUUAUACUUAAAGAAGGAAUUGCACAUGCAUCUUGGACGGGAAAAUUCAUCGAUUAUUCAGUAAAAUCUAUUCUGCCUCUUGAAAGAAGGGCAAAAUUUCUUGAAUACGUGACUAAAACAGAUGAUCAUGAAGAUCGGAUGAUGGAUAUUAUUAAUGAUAUGUCAGAUAAAGAAAAAUUUAAUAUGAAUGCUCGAAAAAAGUUAAUGACGUUAAGGGAAUGUUGUAAGUUAGAUGAACAACCGUACGUAGAUCAAAUGAUUAGAAAUUUCAGUGAUGAUUAUCAAGCACCGCCAAU